AUUUGCCGCCCUACUCUUGCCAACGUUUCUGCUAUUGUGGGCCGUCUAUCGUCCCUGCCUUGCAGUUGCACAACCCAGCGAUUCCGAGAUGUCAGCGGCAUGUCCUCCUAAAGGAUCGUGUUGCAGCGCUUGCUUCCAGGGUCCCGCGGGACCAGCUGGCCUGCCUGGGAUUCCAGGUGUACCCGGUAAUAACGGCCUCCAGGGGUCAAUAGGUCAGAAAGGUGAGCCUGGCUCGGGUCUACCUGGACCCAAGGGAGACAUGGGCGAUCACGGUCAGAAGGGGGAGCAAGGAGAGCCGGGGGUUCAGGGACUCGUUGGUCAGCCAGGGAAGCUUGGGCCGGCAGGUCCUAGCGGAGAGAAGGGGGAGAAGGGAGGAAAGGGUCAGCCUGGAGACUCGACCUACGUGAGCCCGACACCGCCCUCUGUCGUCGCUUUCAGCGCUAGCCUGAGUGGUCAUUUUACAGGAAAUAGUGGCGAUGUGGUUUCUUUGACACAGUCCGCACGAACAUCGGAGACGCGUACAAUCAGCAAACUGGAGUUUUCACCUGCAGCAUAGCAGGUGUUUAUUUCUUCAGCGUGA